AUGACUUUCAUGCAGGAAAACAUAAAAGAAAAGAUCGAGACCAUUAGCACACUAAUGAAGCGACUAGAAGAAAACAAAAACAUUUCCGUGGUCGACGUCCUCAAAGAAGAGAUACUUAAACUGAAGAAGCUCAAUGAAGAGUACAAGAAAUCACUAGAGGCUAAAAGAGUCAUGCAUAAGGACCAGCUCCAAAACAAAACAAGGUAUUACCUUAAGGAUGGGUCCACAUAUGUUGUAAAGAGCAAUCAGUAUAGAUAUUUGUAUGAUGCAAAAACCAAAGUGAUUACUUAUGAGUUUUCAAAUGGGCAAAUCGAAAAGACAUUCCCCUCGGGCUUAAAGGAAGUUAGAUAUCCCGACGGGAGCAUUGCAAUAAAAAAUGGCCCUAAAGAUCAUGAAUAUAUUAAAUGA